AUGGCUCUAUCAACCAACGACUGCAACAUGUUUGAGGAACACCGAACUGCAAAUGCACUCUUGAAUGCAUUGAUUGAGUACUAUGAAGGAAAUGAAGAAUUUAUCGAAAGCAAGAGAGAUAUGGUGCAGAAACAGUAUGACAUGUUUUGUGGAGUUCGUGGAGAAAGCCUUUCUGACCACAUCAUUCGUUUUCUGAAUAUGAUGACCAAAAUGAAGAAGGCGGGAAAUCCUGUCACAAAUCGUGCUGCAAUAAAGAAGCUGCUAGAUUCACUUCCCAAGGAAUGGAGCCUUCAAUGCAUGAUGAUCAAGAAGGAUUUCCUCAACAAUCCAAAUCCUGUCACUUUGUCCGAUCUGAUCAAUACCCUAAGAGCUUUUGAAAUGGAUGUAAACAAAAGAGAAAUGAACACUGCUGGUUACCCACCAAAGUCAACUCAAACCUCCGCUGGAUUGAAAAAUGUGGCAUUUCUUGCUUCAGGGGGCACCAUUCCACAAGCCUCCGACUUAAUCUAUGCAAACGCUUCCGCAAGCGCAUCAAAAGCUCCACAACUUGUUGAGAAGACUAUCACUGUCGACACUCAAGCUUUGAAAGUGUCCACUGAAAACGUGGCACUCUUCAACACGUUUCUGAGCAGCUAUGAAGCCCUAAUGUCUGGAGAACUGAAAAAGGAGAUGUUCACUGCUGAAGACAUGUGCUACAACUGCAAGAAUUUAGGACACUUCAAGCGUGAUUGUCCUCUGUUGAAAGAAGGAAACUGUGAAACCACUCCUGCUGUAAAGCAAAUCACAGUUGAAGAGAAUAAGAACAACGCGUCUCCUAGCACGCCAAAAGCCUUAGUCGUCGAAGACUAUGAUUGGAGUGAAGAAAUUACUGAAGCAAAGGAGCAAGUCAACAAAGCUCUGAUGGCCAAGAUCUCAGGUGAAUCCUCAUCAAGGCAGUUUGAGAAGCAGACAGCUGGAAUUCCAAAGGGAGACAAUACUGCUGACAAAGGUUUGAAAAGUAUUCUAACUUCAGUGGAGCCUGAAAAGGAAAAGAAAUGUGGUCAAGCAGAGGAGUAUGUUUCGAAAGAGGCAUUUGAGAAGGGCAAGGAAAAGGUCCCAGCAGCCGCAAUGAAAGCAGAUUCAUCAAAGGAGAAGGCUGACAAGGACUUGCGACCAACGUUUGUGAAGGACGGGAUUGGGUAUAAGGAUAGGCGUGGAAAUGAAAGAAAACUUUUCUUUCCUCCACAUAGCAAAAACUAUGUGCCUAUGCCGACUCCUCAUCCCGAAAACGAUCUUUUCAAUGAAAAGGCCUCUGUUGAACAGAAUGAUUUUUGUGAAAAUGAGACAAACGCUAACUGUUCUAAAAGCAAUGCAGAUCCCAUUGUGUGUAAAGAAGAUGUGUGCGAUGAGGAUGGAGACUGCGGCGGGUCUAAAAUAGGAAUUGGAUAUUCAGGCGACAAAUUGAAAAAGAAUAGUUUCGGAAAAUUCCUCACAGAGGAAAUUCCUGAAUUUAUUCCUUCUAGAACAGGUGUGAUAGAUUCAGAAAAGAGUGUCUCUGAAGAUUAUGGCAAUAAAGAUUCAAACAUUACUGCCUCAGAAGAUGAGCAAGGAUCAGAAAGUUCAAGUGAAGAAAACAUGUCUGAAGACCAAUCCACCAAUGAUGAAAGCUUCGAAUGUUCAAGAUCUGCCUUUGAAGACCAAGACUCAAAUGAAGAUCAACUCACCAGUGAUGAAUCAAGUUACGAAGACAGUGAAGAGCAAAGCUUAAGUGAAGAAAACAUGUCUGAAAGUUUGUCCGAUUCAGACAAUGAUGAAGAAUACUCAGAAGAUGAAAGCAGAAAUAAACUGCAGAAAUGGCUUCGGAUGCUCAUGGAAUACAUCUGGCAUGUUGACAGCGGAUGUUCGAGACACAUGACUGGAUUGAAGGAACUUCUGAAGAACUUUCGCUUCAUUGAUGGUGAUUUCGUAUCUUUCGCUGGAGAUGAGAAAGGAGGAAAGAUCAUUGGAGUUGGAGAUGUAGUGUCUGAAGCACUCACGUUGGAGAACGUCAACUAUGUUCCAGAAUUGUGUUACAAUCUUAUGAGUGUCUCACAAGUCUGUGAUAAAGGAAUAUCGGUGCUUUUCAAUGACAUGGAAUGCUUGUUUCUGAAGCCCGGCUAUGUUGUUCCUGCUGAAAUGAUCAUACUCACUGCUCCAAGACAAAACAACACAUACGUGCUCAACAUGAAAAAUGCCAAGACAAAUGACAACCUGACCUGCUUAAUCUCAAAGGCUUCAGAAUCGGAAUCACUGCUUUGGCAUAGGCGAUUGGGGCAUAUGAUUUCUCUCGUUUCUCUUGGGUCUAUUUUCUUGAAGCUAAAAGCAAGACAGCUGAAGUCCUCAAAACAUUCAUCCCGCUGA